GGCCCGAUGUCGCACGAGUCGCCCAUAACCUUUUGCGUCAUUUCACGCAUUUAUCUUCUCGUACAUUGUUCUUUCCCAAGAGUCAUAGAGGGAUAAACUCUGGCUUUCCGUAAAUUUACUUCUUUAAAUCACUCUCGGGGCAACAACACCCCGCACCCAGCACAACCCCACCAAAAAGUCAUCGCGACUUCCACAUCCAAUUGCACGCGACAAUGGGGUCGGGAACAGACAUCCCAGAUCCCACAGCGGACCUGCACUGGUCUGACUUCAAGGGACCAAUCCACGAAAUCUUUGCGGGAAAUGCGCGCAGGCACCCCGACCGUGCAUGUGUCGUCGAGACAGCCACCAGCAAAUCGCCAGAGCGCAAAUUCACAUACAAGCACAUCUUCGAGGCCACGUCCGUUCUGGCACACCACUUUGUGCAGAAUGGCAUACAGAGGGGCGACGUCGUCAUGAUCUUUGCCCAUCGCGGCGUCGAUCUGGUCGUGGCCAUCAUGGCGGUCCUGGCGGCAGGAGCAACCUUCUCCGUCCUGGACCCUCUUUACCCCCCAGACCGGCAAUGCAUCUACCUCGAGGUUUCCCAGCCACGCGCCCUGGUAGUCAUCGACAAGGCCACUCGUGAAGCCGGACCUCUCUCAGAACAGGUGCGCACAUACAUCAAAGAGAACCUACAGCUCAGGACCGAGGUCCCCGCCCUCGAGCUCAGGGAUGACGGAACCCUGGUGGGAGGCGCCAAGGACGGCAACGACUGUCUGGCAGAGCAGCAGAAGCUCAAGGCGGAGCUGCCAGGAGUCUUGGUCGGGCCCGACUCGACGCCCACGCUGUCCUUCACGUCAGGUUCAGAAGGAAAGCCAAAAGGAGUCAAGGGACGCCACUUCUCCCUGACCCACUACUUCCCCUGGAUGGCCGAGACGUUUGGACUGUCUGAGAACGACAAGUUCACCAUGCUUUCCGGCAUUGCCCACGACCCCAUCCAACGAGAUAUCUUCACACCCCUUUUUCUCGGCGCACAAUUGCUUGUCCCCAGCAAAGAAGACAUCCAGCACGAGAAAUUGGCCGAGUGGAUGCGCAAAUAUGGCGCCACAGUCACACAUCUCACACCUGCCAUGGGUCAGAUCCUGGUCGGAGGAGCAUCGGCAGUGUUCCCCAGCUUGCACCAUUCUUUCUUUGUUGGCGACCUGUUGAUCAAGCGAGACUGCAGAAGGUUACAGAACUUGGCACCCAACGUCCGCAUCGUAAACAUGUACGGCACAACAGAGACGCAGCGCGCUGUCAGCUACUACGAAGUACUGAGCCAGACCGAGGCUCCCGAUUUCCUCGACACAAUUGGCGAAGUCGUUCCGGCAGGUCGUGGAAUGAAGAACGUACAGCUGCUGGUCGUAGAUCGCGAAGACCGAAACAAGAUUUGCGAGCCUGGCAAGAGCGGCGAGAUCUACGUGCGGGCUGGUGGUUUGGCUGAAGAAUACCUUGGAUUACCCGAUUUGACAUCGACCAAGUUUGUCGACAACUGGUUUGUUGACCAGAACAAAUGGGUGGAUGAAGACAAGAAGAAAGUAGAGAGCCAGGGGGCGGCAGAGCCAUGGCGAGACUUUUACAACGGACCACGCGACAGGCUCUAUCGUUCGGGGGAUCUAGGUCACUAUGGUCCAGACGGAAACGUGCACUGCACAGGACGAGUCGAUUCACAGGUCAAGAUUCGAGGCUUCCGUAUUGAACUUGGAGAAAUUGACUCGCAUUUGUCUGCCCAUCCGCUGGUCCGUGAGAACGUAACUUUGCUCAAGCGCGAUGCUUACGAAGAGCCGACUCUCGUCAGCUACAUUGUUCCUGAGAUGAAGCGAUGGUACGACUGGCUGGCUGAACGAGGCGCCCAAGACAGCGGCUCUGUAGACGAAACCGAUCUGGUCACUUUGCUCAAGCGCUUCAAGUACCUCAGAGACGAUGUGCGCGAACAUCUCAAGAAGAAGUUGCCGGCUUACGCCAUUCCUUCAGUCGUUGUCCCACUCAUUCGAUUCCCUCUAAAUCCGAACGGCAAAAUUGAUCGUCCGGCUUUGCCAUACCCAGAACCAUCGCAGAUAGCAGCAGCUGGUGCUCGACGCCCUUCACAGCUCGGCACUGCGCUAACAUCCACUGAAAAGGUCAUGGCAAGUAUUUGGGCGGACCUUCUCGGUGAUCGUGGUGUGACUGCCGACACCAUCAGCGGCAGCGAUUCUUUCUUCGAUCUUGGUGGACAUAGUAUCAUUGCACAACAGCUGUUCCUCAAGAUUCGUCAGGAAUGGAAGGAUAUCGACGUGCCUAUGACGACCAUCUUCCAGUAUCCCACCCUUCGCGGCUUCUCCGCCAACAUUGAUCAAGCCAUUGAUCCUAUUGGUCUACGUCUGGACACAGGUGAAGCCAUCGAAGAUGAGCCCGAAGAUGAAGCCUAUUCGGCGGAUGCUAGGGAUCUAGCCACGCAACUGACUGAAUUCAAGACUAGGGAGCCAUUGGAGGUAGGCCAGGAAAUUCAUUCCUUCCUGACUGGUGCUACUGGGUUCCUAGGCGCCUACAUUCUGCGAGACAUACUUUCUAGACCUGGCAAGGUUACUGUUCUUGUCCGUGCUAAGGACAUCGAUGCAGCACUUGGUCGUGUACGCGAGACAUGUCAAGCAUACGGUAUCUGGGAGGAUAGCUGGACAUCCCGACUCGAGCCGCUCGUCGGUGAUUUGGAGAAGCCGGAUUUUGGUCUCGCUCCCGAUACGUGGAACAAGCUCGCAGAUUCUGUCGAUGUAGUCAUUCAUAACGGUGCACUGGUGCACUGGGUGCUUCCAUACUCUCGUCUCCGUGGUCCCAACGUAGUCUCGACAGUGACUGCGCUCGCCAUGUGCGCAGUCGGCAAAGCCAAGAACUUUGGUCUCGUCAGCUCAACUUCAGUCCUGGACACAGACUACUUUGUCAAGCUCUCCGAGAAGAGCGUUGCCGAAGGCGGUACUGGUGUUCAGGAGUCGGACGAUCUGGAAGGUGCUCGCAAAGGCCUCGGAACUGGUUACGGGCAGUCCAAGUGGGCCGCUGAAUACAUCACGAGACAAGCUGGCAAGAAGGGCCUCAGCGGCUGCGUGAUCCGCCCAGGUUACGUUUUGGGUGAUCCAGAGUACGGGACAACCAAUACCGACGACUUCCUCGUCCGUAUUCUGAAGGGCUGCAUCCAGCUCAAGUCUCGACCGGACAUCAACAACACAGUCAACAUGGUCCCCGUGACACACGUGGCCCGUGUCGUAGUAGCAUCAACAUUCAAUCCACCCAUCGCUCCUCUCGGUGUCGCGCAGAUUACUUCGCACCCGCGCAUCACACUGAACGAGUUCCUCGGCAGUCUGGAGAACUUUGGAUACACAGUCCCACAAGUGCCCUACUCGGAGUGGAAACAAUCGAUGGAAGCCUACGUUGCCGAUCGCUCGGGCACGAAGGAAGAAAAUGCUCUUCUACCACUCUACCACUUCGUAACCGGAGAUCUGCCCGCGGAUACUAAGGCGCCAGAAAUGGACGACACCAAUGCGACGGACGCGCUUAAGAAAGAUAUCGCAUGGACGAACCAGGAUUGGAGUGCCGGAGGCAAGGUCACCGAGGACACGGUGGGUGUGUACAUUAGCUAUCUCAUUGAGCUGGGUUUCAUGCCGAAGCCGGAGGCGAAGGGCAUCAAGGAGCUGCUGGCGAGCAAGUUGACGGAACUCAUGAGAGAAGGGAUGAAGAGGGUUGGAGGACGUAGGGGUGUUUAA